AUGGCUAGAGUAACUGUUGAGGACUGUCUGGAUCAUGUAGACAACCGCUUUGAUCUUGUCAUGCUGGCUACCCGCCGCGCACGCAGCUUACGUACCUACGGGAACGAACCGCUUGUUCCAGAAGAAAACGACAAAGCCACGGUCAUCGCUUUGCGAGAGAUUGCCGAGGGUCUGAUCUCCCAUGAAAUGCUUGACAGUCAGGAAGUGUCCCAAGAGGAUGAAGACGUAGAAGUCAGCUUCGACUUCAGUCAAAGCUUCAGGGAGAACAGGCAGCUGGAAGAGGCUGCUAAACGCCCCGAAGUUGCCGCACCAGCGACCAUCGUGUCGCUGACCAAACGCAUUUCCUACCUGACACCUGAACAGAUCGCAGAUGUGCGACGCGCUCACGCCUAUGCGCAAACCGCCCACAAAGGUCAGUGGCGGCGCACCGGUCACCCCUACAUUACGCACCCAACGGCGGUCGCACAGAUCCUUGCUGAAAUGCGUAUGGAUCACCAAACCCUGAUGGCGGCGCUGCUGCACGAUGUCAUCGAAGACUCGGACGCCAACAAGUCAACGCUACGGGACGAGUUUGGCCGCGCGGUUGCGGAGAUUGUCGACGGCGUUUCCAAACUGACCAAGAUCUUCUCGUCUCGCGCAGAAGCGCAGGCAGAGAACUUUCAGAAAAUGGCGCUGGCCAUGGCAAAAGACAUUCGCGUGAUCAUGGUGAAAAUGGCGGACCGGCUGCAUAACAUGCGCACCAUUGGUGUCAUGUCAGCCCAGCAGCGCAAGCGCAUCGCCAGAGAGACGCUGGAUUUUUAUGCCCCCAUCGCCAAUCGUCUGGGCAUCAACACGAUAAAGAUGGAACUCGAAGAGCUCGGCUUCAAAGCGUUAUACCCGCUGCGCGCUGAUCGCAUUGAACGAGCGGUGGCAAGCGCCCGCGGCAAUCGCAAAGAAUUAAUGGAAGAGAUAGCUUCCACCAUGACCGCCGCGCUGAAUCGCGAUGGCAUCGACGCAAAAGUCAUCAGCCGUGAAAAACACCUGUAUUCCAUUUAUCGGAAAAUGAAAAGCCAGCAGAAAUCGUUUAAUGAAAUCAUGGACGUAUUCGGCUUCAGGAUUGUGGUUGACCGUGUGGAUGCCUGUUACCGAACCCUGGGCGUAGUUCACAAUCUGUUCAGCCCUGUUGCAGGUCGAUUCAAAGACUAUAUUGCCAUUCCAAAAGCUAACGGUUAUCAGUCUCUGCAUACUUCUUUAUUUGGUAUGCAUGGCGUGCCCAUCGAAGUACAGAUCCGCACCAAACAAAUGGAAGCCGUUGCUGAAACAGGCAUUGCCGGCCACUGGCUGUAUAAGUCUGGAGAAAGCGACUUUGAACCCAGCCAGCGCCGUGCCCGUCAAUGGGCUCAGGAUCUGCUGGAAUUGCAAAGGCAGGCGGGCAAUCCAUUGGAGUUUAUCGAAAGCCUGAAGCUCGAUUUGUUUCCCGACGAAGUUUACGUAUUUACACCCAAGGGUGAAAUCAUGGAACUGCCCAGUGGCGCGUGUCCCAUCGAUUUUGCCUACAUGGUGCAUACAGAUAUCGGCAACAGCUGCGUGGCAUGCCGUAUCGAUCGCAAUCUGGCGCCCCUGUCGCAACAGCUUCAAAGCGGCCAGAGUGUUGAAAUCAUCACCUCUACCGAUGCGCGGGUAAAUCCUGACUGGCUGACUUUUGUGGUGACCUCCCGGGCACGCUCAGCCAUUCGUGUCGCGCUGAAACAACAGCAGAGCGGCGAGUCCAUCGCUCUCGGCCGAAAGCUGCUGAACCGCGCCCUGGGCAACGCCAACAUGAGCAUCAACGACCUCGACUUCAGGCGUCUGCGCAAAGUAUUCACCGAUAUGGGGGUGCGCAAACUGAAUGACUUGUUAACUGCCAUCGGCAACGGUGAGUUAAUGGCCUAUGUCGCAGCACAGAAACUGCUGGCAGCUGACAACCCGGACUAUGAAGCCGUCACCGUUGAAGGCGGCGGGCCGGUAUCCAUUCGCGGCGGCGAAGGUCUGGUCAUUCACUACGGCCGUUGCUGCGGACCGGUCCCGGGCGAUCAGAUCGUAGGCCAUAUGACACCCGGCAAAGGUUUUGUGGUACACAUCGAAACCUGCGCCAACAUAAGCGAGAUCAGACGCCGUGCGGCGCGCGAAAUAAUUCCGGCAAGGUGGGAAAAGGUCACCGAGGGUGAGUUCCGAACCACUUUGGUUCUCAACGUCAAUCGGCGUAAAGGCAUCCUGGCUGAAGUCGCCGCGGAAGUAUCCGCAGCUGAUGCCGGCGUUGAAAACAUCAGCGUGGAAGAACGUAACGCUGAGAUCAGUACCCUGGCAAUCGGCAUCACGGUAAAAAACCGCUCACAUCUGGCGCGGGUCAUGCGCCGUUUGCACAAUGUUCAGGCGGUUAUCAAUCUAUCACGCCUGGGCCACUGA